GUAAACAUUGUCAGUCGUAAGAUCAAGAAGAAGAGUGCAAAAAAACCAAAGUCCAAGAAGCCUAUGUCUCCAGUCCAAGUGAAAGCUGAAGAAAAAUUGCGCUCCAUUUUAAAAUUAGAUCUUUCGAAAAGCUUUGUCAAGCUAAUGAAACCAUCAAUUGUUGGCGGAGGGACUCCCCUCUGAGUUUUGUUCCUCCAUGCUACCAGAAGAAGACACUGAUUUUACUUUGGUGGAUGAAGACCUUGAAGAGUACACUGUAAAAUACCUUCCGGCUAACAAAGGGAUGAGUGGGGGCUGGAGAGGGUUUUCUAACGCACACAAUCUAAAACCACAAGAUGCUUUGAUCUUCCACUUAACCAAGGAUACAGAAUUUAAGGUUUACAUAGUGAGAGGAGAAGCUGAAAGUGAGAGGGAAAAUGAUGAAGAGGAAUCCCAAGAGGUUCUUGUCAGGAAGAGAAAUGCCCGGUUGAAGAUAAUGAUUCAAGAACAGGAGUUCUUCAAGCUAAGAAAUGACUCCAUCAGAAGAGACAGAGAAAUGAUGAUGAAAAAACUUGAGUCUAUGUCUUCUCAGGAUGAUCAGGUCAAAUCCGAUUUAGCAGCUAGUAGCAUCAAUGCUUUGAGUUUAGAGUAAUAAUAGUCCUCCUUCUGGAUAUUUUCAUGUUGCAGUCCCCGUUUUCUUUCAAUAAU